UGUCCCCGCAGCGCCGCUAGUGGUGCUGUGAGUCUGCCGAGCACUGAACUCUAAACCCCCGCAGAUCUGUUCAAUGAGAGCAGAAGAUAUCAUAAUAUCGAAAGUGCAUUAGUGGUCGUUUUAACGGUUCACCACCUCAGCAGGGAAUAAUAUUCCGUAGGAUAAGGAAUUCCGAUGAAUAUUCGGUGCAGUUGAUGAUCUGUGGCGUUUAUACAGUCUGUCCGGAGUGAGAUCCCGUAGAGGCUGAACCCACUGCAGCUGAUGUUCUCAGGGACCAGAGUCACGUGAUGUACGAAGGUAAACACAUCCAUUUCUCAGAGGUGGAUAAUAAGCCGCUGUGCUCCUACAGCCCCAAACUCUGCAAGCAGCGCAGAUUGAACGGAUACGCCUUCUGCAUCCGUCAUGUUCUGGAGGACAAAACCGCUCCGUUCAAACAGUGUGAAUAUGUGGCGAAGUACAACAGUCAGCGAUGCACCAACCCCAUCCCCAAAGCAGAGGAGCGACGAUACUGUAACAGCCACCUACAGGUGCUUGGCUUCAUCCCGAAGAAGGAGCGUAAGAAGAAGCAGGACGCUCUGGAGGAGGUUCGCGCCCGCGCUCAUGUGGAGUCUGUCGCUCUGAACAUCACCGUUCCCUCUCUAGCUCUGAGAGACUCUAAUGGGCUGGACGGCCUCCCCCCGUCUCCACCCUGCUCCCGUCUGACCCCAAUGCACCUUUCGGACGCCGACCUCCUCGACCCCUUCGCCUUCUACGAGGAGGACACGGACGGGGAGGAGAGUGUGGCGCAGAAGAGCUCCAGCAAGUGGAAGCUGCCCGGCCGGCCGGUGAUUGGCCUGAGGGUGACCGCCCGGGACCCAGAGCGCCGCCAGCCGGACAUCGAGCACUUUAGCGCCGUCACUGAACCCUGCACACUUCCAACCUCCCCACAUUUACCACAGCCACCUCCACCGCCGGCUCCACCUCCGCCUCAACCCUCAGCGAGGCUCGUCCAGCCCCCUCAACAUACAGAGCGGCCCACUUACGCCCAACAUGGGGCAGUGCAGACUCUGCUAUGCAAGCCAGCUCCUCCUCAGACUGGGCCUUCUGCGUUGUCUGGUCUGCUCCCGUCAGCUGGGGUUCAGCACCAGCCUGUUAUCCGGAGACCUGUCCCUGCUGCAUCCCCUCGCCCACCUGCUGCCCCAGACUGCCCGCAACCCCGCUCUGUGGCCAUGCGCCCCACUGCCUUUACAGCACCCCCUGUCUGCCUGCUCAGGCUACAGCACCUUGUGCAGCUCUACGCUCAGAGACAGAGAGAGCACGGAGACCUGUUCCCACAUCUUGGCCUAGACUGGUCCGAGGACAGUACAGAUGAAGACACAGAGGAGCUUGUUCCUUUAUUGCCUCAGGCCUGGAGACUUCAGGAAAGAAGCCCCCAUCAAAGCUCCUCCAAUGAAAAGCCGCUUUCCCGUCGGGCACGUCUGGCACAGCUAUGUACAUACCUGCAGGAAAGGUAUAAACACCUGUGCCGACAGGACAGGGCAGCCACCCGUCACAGCAGAUACCGAUACGCCUUCCGGAAAGCUCUGCUCCAUGCUGCAAGCAAAGACCCAGACUGCACUGCACAGCUCAUUCAGAAACUCAGCAAGAACUCCCAGACCUCAGCCGGUUCAAGGUCUGCAGUACCACCCAAGUAUGAAAGGACAGUGUGUACGGGAACUACGAAAGGUCAAAACUGCAGCAACGUAGCUUUACCAUUUUCACGCCACUGUUUUCAACAUAUCCUACUGAAUCGCUCUCAGCAGCUGUUCUCCAGUUGCACGGCACGGUUCGCUGAUGGACAGCAGUGCUCUGUUCCUGUGUUUGACAUCACUCACCAGACACCUCUUUGUGACGAACAUGCCAAGAAAAUGGAUAAUUUCCUGCGUGGAGAUGGCAACAGACGCAGUCUGCAGCAACAGCGGCGUCCACGUAAGAAGACCAAGCCGCCUGCACUGACUAAGAAACACAAAAAGAAGAGACGACGAGGUCCGCGCAGACCGCAGAAGCCCAUUCCCCCAGCUGUGCCACAGGGCAACUUGCUAAUGCCCUCCCUCUCACUGCCGACCCACCACGCCCAUGUCAGGAGUCCGUCGACCCCUGAACUAAGUGCAGAUGAGCUUCCUGAUGACAUCACAAAUGAAAUGCCUGACAUUCCCAAUGAUCUUGAGCUGAAUCAGGAAGAUUUCUCCGACGUGCUGCCCAGACUACCCGAUGAUCUUCAGGAUUUCGACCUUUUUGAGGGUAAGAAUGGCGAGUUGUUGCCCACCACAGAGGAGGCAGAGGAGCUAGUCAGAGCCCUGCAGGCGAUGGGGUCGUAUCCCGACUCCCUGGUGUGUUUGUCCUCAAUGGGUGAACUGACCCCAGCGGACGGGGUAGACCACCGAACCAUGGCCGUGUUCUCGGGAUCAGGUGUUACGGCGACUGGCAUUGGAGACCUUCUGAACAGCCGAAUGACUUCCGAGACCUUUCAUAAUCUAGAGCUGGAGGGGAACCUCCUCCAUGCCCCAACAGACCAUCAUCAUUUCCCAACAUCCCCUUCUCCCCAGCAAACCCAGAGCAGUACCUCCGCACCCUCUACAAGUUCCAAUGGUGGAUUAACAGAACGAACGUUUUCCCGAGUUCCCAAACCAGACUCCUCCCCACCAGGUAGUCAUUACAGCAGUGAGCAUGUGCCAUCGCCCUACAGGGAUCACAUCUCACCCCCACAUGGUGCCUCUUAUCAGACCGACCCGCCUCUCUUGCUGGAGGUGCCUUUGAGUGGAGCGCCAGGGCCUCCGCGCACCUCCUGGAAUAACCUCCCUCUCUCGCUCACAGACCCGGCACAGUUUGGUAACCUCCUCACUGCUGAAACUCACCUGCUUUCCACCGCUCUGUCCACCCCGCCCUCCACAUCCCACUCCACAAUCCUACAGCCCACCGCCGCUCUCUCCGCUCUUCCCCAAACGGGCCUGACCGGCCUCACCUCACCGUCAUCCUCGCCCUCUUCACGUGACCUCCUCACCCACACCCAACCUAAACUACAGCUCCCACAAUUUAGUGCAGCCUUCGGCCACCAACUGGCUUCCCACAGUGGGAUCCCCAAAGACCUGCAGCCCAGCCAUAGCUCGACAGCGCCACCUACAAGCUUUACCAACACUAGUGCCACUGCUGCCACUCCCCCAUUUCCUCAGAGCAACUGAGUUUGGGUAGAGAGACCAUCCUAUCUCACAUUUUAAAGAAAUAGUUCAUACAAAAUGGAAACUUUCAUUUACUCACCCUCAUGACUUUUUCAUCCGUGGAACGAGAAAGAAAUUUUGAACAAUGUUCACUCUCUGCUCUUUUCCAUAAAACUAAAAUUAUAAAGUGACCAAGGUCUGUCAAGCUCCAAAAAAGCUAUUUCUGCACAUUCAAAUUUGUGUAUCAAGAUAAAUUAUGACUUGACAACCGAGGGCAUUUGGGAAGCACAUUUUCACUCACACCUCGUCACAUGUUGACACUUAGUCAGGUCUCCUUGGCGUCAUUUUUUAACACACAGGGUAACUUUUUAGCAUAAUUUUUCGAGAAGCAGGGUAAUCCAUUGCUUUCAGUUGUUUGCCUUGUGUCUGAUCAAGAUUCAUUUAACUCUUUGCAUUUGUAAAAGUAGAAAUGAUUUUUAUAAAUAUUUCAACUUUAAUAGAUAUCACCUAAUCCCACUUCUACCCUAAACCUACCCUCUUCUCAACAAUAUAAAACACGUAACAGGCAAAUAAAAGUACAGCAUUUAAUAUUAUAUUAUAUUUAUAUUAUAUUGUAUUAUAAGGUAUUUAUUGCAAAAACUGACCAAAAACCGUAUAAAAGUAUUUCAAACAACUCGUGUUAUAUUCCAAGUCUUCUGAAGCCAUACAAUAUCUUUAUAUGAAGAACAGAGUGGAGUUUAAGGUCAGGAUACACCCAAGAUACACCCAAACUCAGGAUUCAAGAUACACCCAAACUUUAGCAUGAACCAGUCAGUCACGACACACACGAGAGCCAAUGCCAUUUCACAAUCAAAGCUGAUGUAACACUUAUUCUGGCAGCAAUUUUUGAAUGCGCACAGGAUCUGAUCUAGAUGACGGAUGGCGAUGGUAAUCACUUUUGUGUCUGCUCCUCACACAAAUUAUGUUUUAUAAACAAAGUUCGGAAGGAGCAUGUUCAGAUAAUUAACCUAAUUAACACGGGAAGAGGACAUUCAGGUAAUCAACUCAAUUAGCAUCAGGAGGUAUAUAUACAUCCCUUCACCACCCCAUUUCCUCACUUUUAACUAUUCCUAUCCCAACCCGGGAUGGGGGGAGUAUUCAGGGUUCGGGCCAAAUUCCAAGCUCAGAGCCCUCCCCUUGGUCAGCACGCCAAAUACGCAUAACCUUUACUCUGUUUAAUUAUAUUGAAGUGUGAACUCGUGAAAUCAAUCGUUUAGCCUCUGAACAUUUGGAAUAUUUGUACUUUUUGAAUAAAUUGUGACUGUAGUUGUAUCCGCCCCUGUGUUUUAAAUUAUAAAUAGGUAAGUUUAGGGAUUUAAACAUGACUAAAUAGUGAAAAUAAGUCAAAUAAAUGUAAAUAAAAUUAUGCUGGUUGAUUUACAUUGAAAACCACACCCCAACAUAUGUCUCAAUGGCAAAAUUAUACCCCAAUAUAUAAUUUCAUCUUGAUGAUAAAAUUCACAUGCCCAGCACGUCUUUGUAUUUACGCCAGAGGUUUCUCAUUGAAAGCAAUAGAGUUCCCUGCUUGUUGAAAAUUACCCUGAAGGGGUACCCUGUGCAUUAAAAAGCGAUACCGACGGGUCCUGACCAAGCGUCAAUGUGUGACAAGUUGGGAGUGAGAAUGAGAGUGUUGGUUUGGCAUCACUGAUGUCAAAUCUAGUGCGACACGUCUCUUCAUGUGCCAUAUUAUUAUAAUAAUUUCCAUAUUUGCCUAUAUGCACACAACUUUUGAUUGCUGUAAGAUUUUGAGGAAGUAAAGGCCUGUUCACACCAAGACUAAUUUAUGAGUGCAAUAAAUGUUUUAAUUUAUAUGAACAGCUGUUAAUACAUCUGUUCAGAUGGACUCACCAAUAAAUCUUGCACUUUUGGUCACAUACCCAGAGCUGCUGCUGUUAUAUAAAACUAUGACUGGGCGACGCUCACAAACAGUAAGCGACAAUGAGUAGCAGAGGAACCGGUUCUCUUGUCUCGCUACACUUGAAUUUGGUGUUGUUUGUGAUAAACAUCAAAGCAAAUACAAAAAUCUAUAUGGCUGUUUGAAAGCAUGAACAUACUGUUUGACUUCCUUACUUCCCUGUGACAAGUGGGUAUACUGCUGUGCAUAUGCAUAAGCACCACUUACUGUUACAGUGAAUUUGUAUUUUUAGACAAAUUGGUCUGAAAAUCAAAUCGGUGUAAACAGGCUUUAAUGACUUAAUUUUCAGACUUCAGAAGACUUGGAACAUAGUGUAUUAAGUCAUAUGGAGCAGUUUCAUUUGGAGCUUGAAUGGCUUGAAAUUUACUUUAUUUGCAUGGAGAAGAGCAGCAUGAACAUUCUUGAAAUCAUCUUUUGUGUUCUACAAAGGAAAGUCUGUCAUAUGGGUUUAGGGGUUUCUCUUUUGGGUGAACUAACUGUGACUGGCACCAUAGACCAGCAGCAGAUUUGAGUCUUUCUGGACACGCAUCUCUGCUUGGUCGGUCAACAGUGUCCAUCCUAUGUUUAUUGUUGUAGUGACCCAAGAAUUGUGUUCUGUCCUCACAUACCCCUUUUUCACCAAACGGUGCUAGUGCUGGACCCGGUGCUCAGUUGGGAGACCCGACCCAUAGAGAGAGCAAAACAGUUAUCUAACUGACAACAUUACUACAUUACCUGCUCAUGUGCAUUGCAUUCUUUAGUUUACUCCUAGUUUUGAGAACUUAUUUUUACAUCCUGAGUAAUUGUCAUCAGAAAAAUCAACAUAGAAAUGUCAAGUUGUUUGAAACAUAUUUUUACCUUCCAGUGGUACUCCACAGGCUCUUAACGUUAGUAGUUCAUCGAUUGAGACCAGCACGUUUAGGAGCUAAGGAUCAAAAUCAACUUUUUUUCAGUGAAAACAUGCAAAAUGGUGCCUUGCACCAGCACUGUGUUGGUGGAAAAGGGGUGAUGGUCUGUUUUACUAAGGCUAGUGAAUCAUAUUCUAUCAUAUUACUUAUUUCAUUAGUUAUUUUUUAAAUGAGAGUAGCAGGUGUCCGUAGAGUCCUUGUGUUAGGAAGGUGCUUGUGUGUGUUGGCUGGAGAAAAAGUAGGGCAAGACUCUGGUUUAUACUUGGUAUUAGCAUUUGUCUCAGGUGAUCUGAUCACAACACUAAGGAAUUCUCUGUUACACCUGUUUUUAAUACGCAUCUCCUGUGACCUUAUGACAGAUUUUUGUUUUCAUGAAUACAUCAGUGUCACUGCAUGUUAAUGAAGCAAAAGGUUGGCACACUUAUGCUCUCAAAUGUACUUGAUACAAGACAUACAGAAUAAUUCAGAUAUCAUGUUUUUUGGGGGGUUUAUCCCUGCAUAUUUUUUAAAAAUAAUUUAAUAUAGAAAUGUUAACUUUGCCUCCACUUGCAUAAAACAUUGAUGAUGUGUGCAGUGGUGAGAAGACGGGACAGUCAUUUUCUCCAGCAAUCUGUCACACAUGUAAGAUCGCAGCAAUUGGCAAACAACGACAAUCAGUUUCCGAUGAACAAAAUCAAGUCCCACCCUUAAUUUUUUUCCUCAUUCAAAAAGUUUCCACCUGGUAUUAAGAUGCCUUUUGGUCGAUCGAAUCAAGUGUAUGACGCUAAAUACAGGUGUAAACAGGGUCUAAAACGUUUUGAGCUUGUCCACUUUCAACCACUUCCAGAGGUAGUUGAAAAACACAUUCGACCGGAUUGCUUUCGUAGUGGAAACGCUCAUGUGGUCGAAUGUGUUUGAACAGCCACUAAAGAUCGUCUACGUCUACUGACCUAAUGCGUAGACAUUAUGGGAAGCGAGCUAGCCAGACAGGAUUUAAACUUUGUCGGCUGAAGACCCACGUUUGGUUUGAAUAUAAAAAAUGUACCAAGCACAAUGUUCUCUCACCAUUCCUGAUUUCUAACACACACUCAUAGCGUUCGGAUGGUCUUGCGGCUGUCAGAGCAGAAACGAAAGCUGCUGCUCUCUCUGUUUCUUUGGCGUCUCUGGCCACGUUCAUAUGUAAAUUGCACAAGCUUAUUUUGUCCAUUAGAUCGAAAGGUCUGAAAAAGCCAUACAUUCACCCGCCCAUAGACCCUCCCCUCAAAAAUCAGGUUAGAAGUUGUUGAAAGUGGACAAAAGAGACGAAUUAAAAUAUCAGGUGGAAACAGGUGUGCAUCUUCCUCGUCCACUUGUGAUCCAAUCGACCAAAACGCACCUUAAUACCAGGUGGAAACAGGGCCUGAUAUAUGUCACAAUACAGAAGAAAAUAUGGUCACAAUUUUGGUUAAUUCCAACUUUAUAGUUGUACCUAGCUUGCAAACUUUUGUCCCAGUGAAGGUGGUCCUUCUCUGUUGUCCAGGAUGCAUUAGUGUAAUGCGAUUGUUGCACCUCUGAAAGUGUGUUUGGGUCACCCAAGAUGAAUACCAGGUAUAAAAAAAACGAAGCCUAAAUGAGCACAGUAACACUGUCAUGGUGGCAUUGCAGUUGUACAACUUUCAGCCAGAUUUCAGAGAGUAUCCCAGAGUGAACUCCAGCACAGCCAUCAACCCUCCUGUCAUUCAGCAGUCUGUCUCUCAGAUACCAGGGCCGGUCUAAGCUUGAUGUGGUCUCAAGAGAAUCCACCAUACGACUUGUAAUCAGGACACAAAUCUGUAUGACUGAACAGUAUGAUUUGUUCAUGGGUUUUUGCACACGCUCAGUGGACCAGGCCUGGACUGCUCGCAUCACAAGCUUAAUUAAAGCAAUAAUGUCCUCAGCAGAGCCUCCCACGCCAGUCUUCAGGUGUGGCUCACUCCCUCAGUGACAAACAGCUGGAUCUCAUUCUCCUUCAACGGUUUCAUUCAUGGCAUAACUGUUUGAUUAACAGCAAAGCUCUCAAACUAGACCUUGCUAAUCAUGUAAAAACACUGACAUGGAACUCAUUCAGCGAAGAGUAAACAGAAUAAUGACACUUUGAGGUAAUUUUUUGCCAAAUAUAUGGGUUAAAAUGUUUGUUCUCCUUCAUGGUGCUUAAUCAGUUUAGAGCCUCGUUUGGUCUUUCUAACACAAGAGCCCUUGGUGACAAGGUUUCAGAGUACAGUAGAGGUGGCGGAAGGGUGGAUGUCAACUGAAAUGACCCUGCGGACAUUUGGUGCAAUUUCUUUGGAGAAUGGUUUGUGCAGCCUGAUGGUUCUUCUCCAGACUUCCACAGAAGUGUCAGGUUCAAAAUCAGCCAUUUUUAGCCACCGUCAGUCAGCCUUACGCCACGUGGGACCAAUGUUCCCUGCAGAUUUCAUUUUCUCUUUUGAAGUUCUGACCGUAAAACCAAGGUUUUUGGUAGAUUUUAGACACUGAACAAUGAUCUCAUAUAUUAAGUAUUUAAAUAUAUUUAUAGAAUAGAAACCUCUAGAUUGGGUUUUAUUGGGUGAAUUGAGUGGCGAAAGAUAAACAAGAUUUUUUUUUUUUUUUUGAUGGAAAAAAAAAAGAAAACUAGUCAUUUGCAAAAUACUUGGUGGAACUGAAGCAUUUAGUGGCAUAAUGUUUGGUAGUUUUAAUGGCUAUCAAAACUCUCGUGAUUAAUCAUUUUUAUUGAUGUUGUGUAUCUGUGUCAUUUAUUCGGACGAAGAGACUGUGAUCAUGUGCAACAAUAUUUUUGAUAGCUAUUAAAAAGUAACAGUCAGUGGUCCCUGAAAGACAUAAAACCACAACCAUGGCCCUCAUCACACUUACUUUGAUCUAGUGUUGUCAAAUGUACCAACCGUGAUACCAAGUGGGUACUGAAAUUUUAAAAAUGUGACGCUUUGAGCGUUGAUGUGCGGAUUCGUAAACACCUCUGAUUGGCAAAUGUUCACGGGCUCAUCAGAUAUGUCUGUGAUUGGCUACAAUGAUUAAUGCUUCAAAAAGUUGUAAUAGACAUCAUAAUAGACAUGACGCUCUUCUCAGAGCGAUUACGCAGAUACACACGGGAGUGUUUGAAAGUACGCCUGUUUUCAAAUUCAAACACUUUUGUGUGUUGAUCAUUGUAGCCAAUCACAGACAUAUCUGUUGAGGGCGUGAACACAAUGGCCAAUCAGAGGUGUUUAAGAAUCCACUCAACAGCGCUCAAAGCGUCACAUUUUUAAAAUUUCAGUAUCAACUUGGUAUCGCGGUCGGUGCUUUUGACAACCCCACUUUGAUCCAAUCUCACUAGUCCAAAAGAUUAUGGGUCUCAUUCAUGAAAAACCAGCAGAAUGUUAAUUGUUUGAGAAACCAUAAAUUAUUACACUGAAUAAAACCAAUUUCUAAAAGUCAAUGUGACCGUUUACGCAAGAAUGGUUUAUAGAAACGAUUCGGUUCGUUCUUACGCCAACUGUUGCAUUGAAUUGAACAGUUCUUAAAACUGCUGUUACGUACAUUGAAUUCAUUUCUAAAACCAGUAGAAUAUAAAAUUGUUGCAUUUGAAUUGGUUUAAAACCACUCAAAUUUAUGAAGAUUUUUCAUGAACAAGAUCGGAGUGCCAGAAUGAUCACAGGCCAUUACUUCAUUUUCAGUGAACCUCAAGAUUCCUCCCCCUUAAACUUCCUGUGUUCAGAUGCACUUUCACCUGCACUUCGUUCCACAGGUUCUUGUGAACAAGAGUCGUCUUUGUUUAUUCUCCCCACCAAUGUUGAUCAGUUGUGACAAAAGCCUUUUCGUUUCUCUAACGAGCUGAAUUGUUGUGUGCGGUCCACGUUUUUACUGUGUUACUACUGUGUGUGCUGUGCGAACGACGGCAGGUCUGCUGCACAGAGAAACCCCUGACAGAAAUCGCUUGCACUCUGCGUUAGGAUGGCUGACUGAUUCCUGUACUCACUGAAUGUACUGUAGAACUGUUUUUAAAACUCAUAGGAUAGUCUAGUCACCUUUUGUUAUUGGUCUUUAAUUUGUCUAAGGUAUUUUUUUGUAUACAAAAGUUUACAUUUUUAUGUAUAUUUUUCUUGUGUAAAAAUUAUGUAAUAAGUGUAUAAACAUUGUAUGUAAUAUCUGUAUAUAGAGUGAGAAAUUUUGAUCUUGUUUUUUGAUGUAAGAAUUAAAAUUGUGUGAAUUUG